AUGCAUUUUCUCUGGUCAACUUUCUUUGGACUGCGCCCGGGUUCAUCCCCAUCCCAUCUUGCCAUGCCUGAGUUCUCUCAGUUCUACUCUGCUACAGAGGCCGAAGCAGCCGCUAAUCUCCGCCUACUAUUCACUCGAGAGACAAGAGCAGCACCGCUUUUCAGCAGUGACGAUGCAGAGCAACUGACAAAUCUUCUCAACGGCGUUACAGCGUCAACAGCUCGCCCGCGCAACGACGCCAAUCAGCCGUUCUUCCGAACUGUACCACCUGUACAGUCUAUAGAACAGUUGCUAAACGUGUCUGCUUUUAAUGUGACCCAAGAAGAAGUACAUCGCGAGAAGCAUCUGCAUUACGAGAGCACCUCUGAAGACUCCGAGAGUUGGAAACUCAGGAGCCGUACACCGAGCUCGGAUGAACCAUCGCCACAGAAGUACCAGAUUCCUCUGCCGACUUCGAGUGUCAAAAUUGAGGCGUCGAACACCAGCAAUGGGUCAGACGAUGAGCUGCCGCACAUGAUUGAGCCGACAAGCGAUACUCACUCAAAAGGCUGGGCAACCACACCCAAGUACCAUGCUACCUAUCCGCGAAAUGUGCUUCAGACUAUGGACACACAAUUCUCCAAAUGGUCGUACGAUCUCAACGAGGGAACGACAGCCAUACCAUUUGUAAUGGCGCAGGCUCCAACCGAUACACACGAAAGGCUUGCAAGUGUCGACAGAGAGCUUUGGUCUGCUGACGCUGAGGACGUUACCAGAGAUGUUGGAGAUUGUCAGACCAUAGCUAAAUCACUCAUCAAGCGCGUUCAGAAGAUGGCCUCCAAUGAUACCAGCUCAUCCAAAGCUCUCAGAGGGGCGAACCACGACAGCUCAGUGAAGGCCGAUUCCCUCCCCAGAGACGGCUCCACAUCGAAGCGCGCGGCACUCAUCGCAAAGAGCAAAGCCGUCAAAGAUAGCUCGCUUGUCGCAAGCAAAUCUGUCAACCAAAGGCGAUCCGCUUUGCACAAAAAUAGGAAUCGCAAGUCGAUCAUGUCGUCGCCGCCACCAACAUCAACACAGGUGGAGCCAGCCCAGAAGCCCGAACCACAAGCGGAGCAAGCCAAAUCCAAAAUGGUUCUCCUGAACUCAAACGAGGAACGCCAACGGCGUGAUUUCGAUUCUGCUCUACAAACUCGACGUAUAGAUUUUGAAGACAGACACCAUUUGGAGGCGCUGAUGGAGCAGUUGGGGAACCCAAUGAACACAGCCAACAAAGGACGGGUUGUCAAAGAUGUUGAUAAAACAAACCUCAAGGAAGGUGAAGCAAGGCAGACUGGUAGAUUGAAGGGCAAGGCAAGGAAGAAAGGAAAGAGUAGUGUCGCACGAUAA